CAAACUAAGCGGACGGAGGCGCGUCGGACCUGGAGGCGCGUCGGACCUGGAGGCGCGUCAGAGUUGGAGGUGCGUCGGAGCUGGAGGCGCGUCGAAGCUGGUGCGUCGGAGCUGGAGUUCGAAAUAGAGGACUGCGCGCACGAUCGCGGAGAAGAAAGAAACAAAAUCCGAGAGAGAGAGAGGAGAGGAGUGCGAGAACUGAAACCGCGAGAGGGAGAAGGGAGCAUUAGGGCAAAAAAAGCCCAUUUGAAAAGAUGGACUUACCAUUAAUGAAGGGUUUUUGCUGAAUUGCAAAAGGCAAAGGAAGAGAUUGAAAAUUUGAAAGAGGAAGCACUUGCCAACAAAACUCACAUGCUGCAGUAUAAGAGCAUCUCUGAGGCAAAUGAAGAUGCUCUGAAACAGAUAGAAAAGGCUCAUGAAAAUUUUAAAACCGAGGCUGACAAUGCAAAGAAAGUUCUAGAAUCUGAACUAAAUUCACUUAGACAGAAGAUGUUAGAGAUUGAAAAUGAAUCUUGUUUGAAAUAUGAAGAAGUUGCUUCAGAAACUGUGGGAAAGGAUGAGGCUCUUACAUCUGCUAUGGCUGAAAUCACAAAUCUUAAAGAAGAAAUUUUAACUAAAUCUUCUCAAAUUUCAGAAAUGGAAAUUCAGAUCUCGGGUUUGAAAGAAAACCUGGAGAUGGAGCAUCAGAAAUGGCGGGCAGCUCAAACCAAUUAUGAAAGACAGGUUGUUCUCCAGUCCAAAACUAUUCAGGAGUUGACGAAAACAUCUGAAGCACUAGCCCUGCUGAAGGAGGAGGCAUCCGAAUUGCGGAAACUAGCUAAUACUCAGAAAAUUGAAAAUGUAAAAAAUUUCCUAUUUAACCCCUGAUUUAUUUUUAUUAUC